AUGACUGCCACGCCGUCAUCCGAAACCUCGCAUGAGUCGGCCGACGAGACGAACCGCACGCGUCAGCCUAGUAUUUCGAAGGCAUCCACGACGAAGGAUAAAGAAUGCCAGUACUGCCAUCAACAUUUCACCUCCUCCUCUCUCGGCCGGCAUCUUGACCAAUUCAUAUCCAAGAAGAAGCCUGAUGGGAUUCAUGAUGUCGAAGAAAUCCGAAGAUUGCGGGGUGGAAUCACCAGGCGCACCGCUCGAGGCUCGAGGCGUGACAGGGAGAAAGACAAGGAGCGGGAUGAGACACAUUCUUCACAGACAACUCCAGGGCCGGGUCCGCAGCCGGGCACACUCACAUCGUCUGCGACGGAGCUGAACCGCGUACCUCCAGGCGGAUUUCAUUUUCGUUUAAACAGGCUGAAUUGGCAGGCGACGGGCGUGAUCACUGACCCGGCCACCCUCGAUUCUCCUGUUGCGCCUACUCCUCCCACUCCCGCAAUUGUUGCCAGUCCACCUGGCACGAAGCGUAGCUUUUCCACAUUCGCACAAGAUACAAAUCCUACAAGUUCUACAGAGACGACGCGCGCCCUCGAAUUGGCUCUGCGGGAAGUUCUCGACUCUCUGCGAGCGGCCACCAAACAUGCCUCACCGAAGCCGUCGCCGUUCAAAUUCGACGUUCCUUCGCAGACAUUCCCAUCUUUGUGCCUGAAGCUCCUGCCAGCACCGGCAACCUUGUUCCAGACGUCACCCUUCUCCACGCCGCAAUCCAUGCCAAUCUCCCCGCCCGGCCCCGAUCAGCUGCAGCCGUUGCGGCAAAAGCUCACUGCGACCAUCGACUAUUGGAAAUGGCAGGCCUUGAGGUUGGCACAGCCGACGACCUCGAAUAUUGCGGAGGAGGCUGACUUUCUGGACCGAAGCGCGACCCAAUGGGCCGAAACGGCCCUCAAUCACCUCGAGACAAGUUAUCAGAAUUGGAUGGCCCACCCACUGGAAAUACGCGGCUUGCUGUGGCAAGUGGAGUUAUUGAGGGCUUACAAUAUGGAGCAACAAAGGGUGGCAGAGUUGGAGGAGAGGUUGGAGUCCAUCCAACAAGAAGCAAAUCAACUGCAGCAACAGGUGGAACAUUUAUCUCGUUGCCAGUGGCCGCGUGAAAUGGCUCUAUGGCCUCCGGAGCGCAAGACUUACGGACAAACCAUGCGUGAAGAGCUUCGGCUGGUUAAUCUCAACAAGAUACCCUGGGCGGACGGCGCAGACAUCGACGUAAUGUUGCUGCCGGACAAUGUGAACACGAGAGGGGAUAAAUGGGAUUUCGACAAAUUGGUCAACAAGUGGAAAACCCGCGUCCGAGAAGACAAGAACCGGCGAAUGCCGCAAAGCCAGCCUACGACAGAGAAUGGGGCGAAAGGUGUUGAGGCGAAGAAGUCGCAGAGCGACUCUGCGUCGAAUGGUAUCUCCAAUGGGCAGUCCCCGAAUGCUGUCGAAGAGAGGCAGCGAACUACGAGGAAUCAAAAGGGUACCAUCAGCAUUAUUUCGGAUCUGUAA